AGCACGAGCCAUGCCGAAAAAUAUUAGACUGAAUUUUUCAGGUGCCUUGAUACCUUCCAAAUUUGACAGUGUCCAUUUCUUCAAAAUUUUAGUUUAAGGCUUUAAUUACAAUAUUUCGGUAAUCAAUUACUAAAUUUUCGUGAAAUAUGCCGCCCCGCAAAGAAGACGGAAAAUUGAGCCCGCUGAUAACUCCGGACCCACACUAUAUUCCUGGGUAUCAGGGUCAUGUGCCCGGGUUUACCUUCCAUUUCGGCGAUACGUUCGGGCACACAUCAAACAAACUGCUCACCGAUCCCUGCAUACCGGGCUCGGGAAAUUUGGUUCAGCCACUCAACUUCAAUGUCGGCCGAAAAGACCCGGAGAUCGGCCCUCUGGUGCGCUCCUCCGGCUGCAACUACCCGCGCCUUACCACCAACAUGGUACCCGGCUACUCUGGCCGCAUCCCCGCCUACGACAACGUGUUCGGCCUGAGCUACGCGCGCGGCACCGAGCAGGCCGUGCGCGACUUCGAGACCAACCAGUCUCAGGCGCGCCAGCAGCGGCAGCUCACCAACUCACUGGCCGCCAUGAACACGUGCAACGGCGGCCGGUCGGGCUUCAACGCCAACUGUCCGGUGCCGCUGUGGAGCCGCAACAACCAGGGCUUCCGUUCGGCCGGCGGAGGCUCCUACUCCGGCCCGUACGACCGCCAGGCGCCGUUCCAGUUUGUUGAAUCGCCGUACUUUAUGGGCAAUGACGAUCCGCGCAAGUACUUUAUGUCGGGGUACACUGGGUUUGUGCCCAACACCCAGCCGGUGAUCGGCAACGUGUUCCCCAUCACCACCAACCGCGGUCUGAGGAAGUUCACCGACGAACAGUGCAGGGUGCGGCACAACUUCUGCAAGCCGGUGGUGGUGAGCACCAAGAGCCGCGACUAUGACCCGCCCGACAACCAGAUGAGGGAUUGCACGCGGGAGCCGAUUCGCACCAUGGACAUACCGGACAUUGGCAAGGAGUUCGAUCCGUCGCUGAUGGUAGGCUGCGGCCCCCACGCGCUCAACCAGCACGAUCCCAACGAGGACUUCACGCUGAACCGCGCCCGGGUGUCGCCGGCUAUCAUGAACCAAGUGCCCGCGCUCGGUCAGGACAGGCUGCGCCGUAAGAUGCAGAUGUUUAAACGGAAGGACCCGCACCCGAUCUAUCGCGUUCAGGAGGGCCUGCUGCCGACGUAUGGCGGCCACGUUCCAAACCAACAGUUCCGAUUCGGAGGAACGUUCGGCAAGGAAACGGUCAACGCCAGAAGCCUCAACGCCAUGGUUGUCCGUAAGGAGUGAUCAAACCGUCCAGCUUUCAUGCGAAUUUUAUUCUGCUUUCUUUACCACGAACAGCCACCGAUUCUUAAAAUCCGUUACUUCCUUGCUCACAAAAUCACAGUUGUCCCUGCCAACAUGCCUAGUGAUAAACAUUGCGCUUGACAAGAGACAGUAUUGAGUCCCGUAUAAUUCUUUUACGUGUUUACAGAUGAUGUUGAAAAAUAAUACACUUUUCAUUCUCUUGAAAGUUA